AUGGCCAGCCCCAACCAUGACGCAGUCGUUCUCAAACCAAUCCAGCACUCAAAGCGAACGGAUCAAAUCGUUCGACUUCUGCACCGGCACCGGUAUAAUUUCACGAGUGGCAAAGCCUUAAUCAACUUGGCAUUGAAAAUCGAACGGCUGCUGGUGCACACCUUCCCCCACGAUGCCCCUAUUGUCUUGUCCUCGGACGAGCUCGCAGUGAAAGUUAGCCGCAUCAUCACUAAAGUCUUGCAGUUACGUCGAAACAGGCAGCAACGACGCCGAUCGUUUACGAUUGCAAGCAUGCUAAAUCCUGUCGACGGAACUACUACCGGUACUAUCGAAUAGCCAAGCGACUUUUAAGUUAAGGUUCAUUUUGUCCUUCGAUACAUAUGUCCGACCAACUAUCAAGAGACGCAGGGAAUACAAUCGCAGAGUGCAACUGAUCGCUUGAAUCAGGGGUGAUGCUCAACUGGAUUUCAAACAAUCGCACUGACUUUGGUAGCUACAGCUAGAACCCACAAUCGGGCGUGGAUACGUAGAGGUCAGCCGAGGUCAAUGUGAGAUCCAAAUCGAGCGAGGAAUCGUAGAGUGACGCGGCGCGGCGGACGAUAACGAAGCAGUGUCC